AUGGCUUUAAAGAGGAAAAUUGCUUUCCCAGUUACUGAAAAGGAUUACUUAAAAUUAAUUUGCAAUGUCAUACACCGCUUGGGUUUAGCAGACUGUUGGUAUGAAAAACAAGAAAUAAGAUAUCCAAUAUUAAACAAAGCACUCUUCCUCAUCGUAAAUAUAUUUUGGGUUAUUUUCACGGUCAAUGUUUUGGCAGCAAAUUGCAGAACAGAUUUAACGUUAAAAGAAAGUAAUGAUGUGCUUUUAUUUAGUUAUGGUUUGCCAGCAAUAAUUCUCAAAGUUAUAAUACUUUAUGCGAAAAAAGAAGAAAUUAAGGUAUUUUUCAAGAAACUUCUAGAGGGGGAGGUAACACAAAAGUCGAAUAAGAAAGCUAUAAGAGCUGCAAAAGUUAUUUACGUGGUUGUUUGUUGCGGGUUUUUUUCAGCAACGGUGCUCAUGCUUUAUGGCAUCAAGGAUUAUUUUGUGGAAGACAUACCAAUUCGGGUUGAAGUCCUUUAUUACCCUAAGGCGAGCGACACUGGGCUCCUCGUCAAUUUUAUUAGAUUCCUAUCCGUUGUUCACUUCUGGUACAUUAUCUGCAUCAUGCAGUCCACCGACUAUCUCUGCUUAUGUACUCUAGUAUUUAUCAAGUACAAGUUUAUAAGAGUUCGAAUGUUUUUCGAGAGUCUUGGCAAGAAGUCUAAUAGUAGUCAGGAGUUUGAGAAGGAGUUUUUGGAUGGUGUCAUUUUACUCAAGCAUGCUUUAUGGUGUGCUCGCAAUGUACAAAACACUAUUGGAAGCAUUUACAGUGUUCAAAUCGUUGAAAGCAUUACUUUGUUAGUGGUCUUACUUUUAAAAUCUGUGUAUGCUGGAUCCGAUAUGGCGCUGCUCCUCGUGUGUUUGGGAUCUUAUAUGUCUAUAGUUAUCUUAACUGGAGUUUAUAUGACAUAUUCGGCUAAUAUUACAAAUGAGGCCUUGCAAGUCCCUACAGCCAUUUUUCAUUGUGGAUGGGAGAAGGUUGAGAUUAGACCUGGUCUUCGGAAACUCGUAGUUGUCACGCUCCAACAGUCUCAGAAACCACUUUAUAUGACAGCGUUUGGGGUCAUCAAUUUGUCAUAUGAAAAUUUCUUAGUGGUUUUACGGUUGUCUUAUUCAUUCUUCGUAGUUAUGCGAGAUUCUAAAAGCACAAGGACAUAA